AUGAGUCGGCAGCUGUGUGCAAAGCCUUGGGCUGGAGGGAGGGAGUUCAGUGCCGGCUCUGCCAUUCUCUUUGGGGGAGGCAGGAGUGUGGUGUCCACAGCAAGCCGCAGAAGCCUGGCAGGGGUGAGUGGGGGCGGUGGCUUUGGCAGCAGGAGCCUCUACAACCUCGAGGGAAGGAGAUGCAUUUCCCAGAGCGGGGCCCUGGGAGGCAGCCAGUGUGCCGCUGGGUUGGGUGGCAGCGUCCGGCUUUGUUGGGGCAGAUUUGCUGGGGGAGGGUGGAGCAAGGGCAAUGGAAGAAAUGGCCCAGGAUUUCCUUCCUGUCCACUGGGGAGCAUCCAGGAAGUGGUUGUGAACCAGAGCCUCUUGGCCCCCCUCAGCCUGGAAAUUGAUCCUGAGAUCCAGAGAGUGCGCAAGGAAGAACGGGAGCAGAUCAAGGACCUCAACGACAAAUUUGCUUCCUUCAUUGACAAGGUUCGAUUCCUGGAGCAGCAGAACAAAGUCCUGGAGACCAAGUGGAGUCUUUUGCUGCAGCAGCCCAGCUCCCACGUGGGGAACCGUGCUGAGCCGCUCCUUGAGGCCUUUGUCAUUAGCCAGAGAAAGCAGCUAAGCUCCCUUAUGUGCAAAAGAGGGAGGCUGGACUCAGAGCUGAAGAACAUGCAGGACCUAGUGGAAGAUUUUAAGCACAGGUAUGAGGAAGAAAUUAAUAAGCGCACAGCUUCUGAGAAUGAAUUCGUAUUGCUGAAAAAGGAUGCAGACGCUGCCUAUAUGAGCAAGGUGGAGCUGGAGGCCAAGGUAGCUUCUCUGACAGAAGAUCUCAGCUUCUUGAGAUGCCUUCAUCAGAAAGAGCUGACACAGUUACAAGGCCAGGUGGGCGACACCAGCAUCAUCCUCCAAAUGGACAACAGUCGGGACUUGGACCUGGACAUGAUCAUGGCUGAAGUCAAAGCUCAGUAUGAGGAGAUGGCAAGCAGGAGCCGAGCUGAAGCUGAUGCCAUGUACCAAAGCAAGUUUCAGGAACUUCAGCUCACUGCUGGGAAACAUGACGAUGCCUUGAAAAAUUCCAGGGUAGAGAUUUCUGAACUGCAUCGACUGAUCCACAGGCUUAGGGCGGAAACUGCAAACGUGAAGAAACAGUGUGACCAUUUUCAGUCUGCCAUUGCUGAGACGGAGGAGCGUGGAGAGCUAGCUCUCAAGGAUGCAAGCGAAAAGUUAAUAGACCUGGAGAUUGCCAUGCAGAAAGCUAAGGAGGAGUUGGCCCGUCUUUUGCGCGAUUACCAGGACCUUCUGAACGCAAAGCUAGCAUUGGAUUUUGAAAUUGCUGCCUACAGGACAUUGCUGGAAGGAGAGGAAUGGAGGAUGUCUGGAGAAUGUGGCAGUGCUGUGAACAUAUCUGUCGUUAGCAACAGCAGCAUGGGAAGUGCGCUGAGUCAUGGAGGAGGGUUCAGCACUGGAGGAGGAAGCGCCAUUUGUGGGAGCAGCAGGGGCAUUCUGGGAUACGGUUCUGGAGGCGGAGGAGGCUCUCCUGGCCUGAAAAUUCUAUCAAGUGCCUCUCCAAGCAAAAGGACAAGCAUAAGAUGA